CUAACAAGUUUGCACCCUCACAUAUUUCAACACACCCAACACAGCUUCCCCUUGAGCUUCUCCUUUUUUCGACUUCAGCUUCAUAACCUCACCAAAUUGAGAGUAGUGACUACACCCUGGCACAUGUCCAACGUUAUCUAUCGGCCUCCUGCAGCUACAGAAACGAACAAACUCGGAGUGAUACACACCGAGAGUAAGAUAGAGGGAGGGGGACAGGCAGAGACAAAGAGAGGCAGAGAGAGUGAAUAUAGGAGUGAGAAAGAGAGGAAGAGAGAGGUAAGAGGAUAGAGGUGCUAACUACGUGCGCGAGGCACUAGUAUGACACGUGCAGAUUGGAUUUGGUGGCUGAUGGCGAUGGUGAGCCAACACAUACACACAUGAAGUCUGCUUCUUUUCCUUACUCCAGAACAGCUGCUCUUUGCGACAGAGAGAGAGACACACACAUCGAGAGAGAAAGAGAGAGGGACUAAGAGGAAGAGAAGGGUUGUGUCUUUCCGGCCUAGAUUAAUGCAAGAUUAGCCCUGUAGAAUACAGCAGCGGGCUGGAGUCUGAAGAAGGAACUGAACACAGCAACUCUGAGAAGAAGACAGCAAGCGAUGGCUGUUCAUAUGAACCCAACACAGCAAAAACACAGAUAAAAGUGAUAACAAUUCAAUUAGACGUCACACUUCUGGCAGCAACCAAAAAACAUUUCAAAUACCAUCUGACUCACAAAAUAUUUUUUUUCUGAGAAAAGAGCUGCUACUGUGAUCCAGUGUGUGUCACUGAAACAGGAUGUGCGGCCUACGUAUUUUUUUAAGCGCCUUGCUUUUCUCGCUGGCCCUUGGACCUUAUGUCAUGCUUCUGCAUGCUCAGCAUACAGAGAGGCCUGAUAAUGAUGUCUCAACUGAAUCAUCUUUGGUGACUGGGACUGCCAAAGAGUCUACGGAUUCUGAGGAUUUGGAUGUAACAGAAAAGCCUGCAGAUGCUACCUCUGCUCCUGAGAUUGUGGAAUCUACAGACCCUAUAACAGUACCCAACAGCAGCACAAUAUCAGAAACAGAACCUCCGACAACAUCUAGUGAAGAACUUACGACCACCACGGAACCUCCAGUCACAACUCAGACAACCACAACUAUGGUAACCACCAUCAUGAUGACCACAAUCGUGAUGGAGCCUAGCACAGCGAUGGUCACAGAGUUUACUGAUCCUGAGUCAACUACUGAAUUGCUGGAGGACACCACUGUAGCAUAUGAGGCGAUCACUACUGCCACUACUCCACCACCAGCUAUACAAACAACUGCUCCGACAACUGUACAUGAAAGCACAAAAGCAUCAAAGACCACUUCUACUCCAAUAAUGGACACAGAGAAGAUAGAAGAACCCACACCAAGCACCACAGAAAUCACAGACAUGAUCACCACCCUGCCUCCGAUAAUCCCAAACUCAUUGGAGCCUAUUGAUAUUACCAUCAAGGACACUGAAGAACCCAGCACAAGCACAUCAAUAUCAACUAGUAGUGAAGCAAUUACAACUGGGAUUGGAAUUUCUGGGACUGGCAUUAAAAGCACUGAUCCGGACCCAGGUCCUAACUGGCUCCUCUAUAUCAUCAUAGCUGUGGCCAUUAUCUGCAUAGCAUCGGCCUUUUGCGUCAUCAUCUUUGUACGACGCAAAAAGAAAAGCCGCUCACAGCGCUUUGGCUCUGGCUAUAUGAACGGCCGGAACCAGAGGUCCAAGAAGAAGAAAGGAGAGGAGGAUGCCUGGGCUGGGCCAGUGAAUCUAGAGGGAGGGGACAAAGCUGAAUGUGAGGGUCCAGAAGAGCUGGGAAAGGGAAGUGAUAAACAUCCAGACGGGACAGACUUAACGCUUAGCACGUUCGUGGCUUCGGAGGCAAAUGGCGGAGUUGGACGACCUGGAUCAAUGGAGGCUCAGAAAUGGGAAGAACAAGAACCUCUUCUGUAUAUCGAUGAGGAUGCGAAAGCAGAGGCAAAAGCAAAGCAAAAAGAAGGGGUGGAGAAGGAAAAGGAGGUGGCGCAAAAAGAGGAAAAAGAUGCCAAUGGACAGACUGCAAUGAAGGAGGUUAAGCAGAAUGGAGGAGAAGCUUUUUGCCUAACCACAGCUGUGUGAAAUGAACUCUUUUCUAAUUAGCUAAUUAUCUCUCUCUUUGGCUGUUUACUUUUUGUUUUGUGGGUCAGUCCUUCUCAAAUUGGUCCAUAUUAAAACAAAAAACUAGAAGUAGGGUGUGUGGGAUAACAAGGCAAUGCUUUGCCUGUGGAAGACUGAGUAUGAGACCGAAAUGGCUCCCUAUUAACUUUUUAGGGCAAUAUUAAGUAUGUCGGCCAUUUGUCGCAGAGUGAAAUUCGAACAUAACUUUAAGGGCACUAUAUCAACAUUAUUACAGGGUUUAUUACAACAUGGCCUUAAAUAAAAUGCGCUGUCUAAUAUAUCAACUAUCACAAAAAACAAUAUAUAAAUUAUUUUAUCUGCAUGUUUUAAUAUCUAUGUGUUUAGCGUAUUGUAUGAUAGGACACAAGAACCAAUAAAAAAAGUCAUUACAAUGCAUAAAUAAACUUGAAAUAAGUCAAUACUCACAGAUAAUAACUAACAUAAACAAUGCUUAUUCAAAUGUCUAUUAGCAUGGUUAGCUAUGUAUCUGCUAGUUCAGCUAUCUACAACAUUGAUAGAACAAAUUUCCAAACCCUUAACACUUGGUAGUUUUGUCCACCUGUUCAGAGUGCGUUUCUUGCAGAAAAUUUCAAACACAAGCCGACCGAUUUGGCAUAAAACCAUGGUAAUUUCCCAUUUUUCUCCUGUAGUUCAUUAAUGUAAGGCUUAUGUUUCUAAAAUGUGCACCAUAACGGUCCGAGAUUACUCAAUGAUUAAUGAUUAUGCAUGAAUAGAGCUUUUAUUAACUUUAAUUUGGAACUCAGUUCGAAUGUGUACAAAAUUUUAAACACAGUUCAGCUGUGUAUGUGACACAGUGGGCACAUGUUAAUGAUGAUGUAACGUCCAAGAAAACUUGUGUUUUCACCAUUACUUAGAAAACUAAAUAGUUUCUCGCUAUAUAGCGCAAUACUAAAGAGGAAGCAGAGAAUCAUUUUGGUCACAGCCUGGCAUUGCAUUUCUAGACCAGGCCAACACACCACACUACCCCACACCAUUAACAGAAAGAUUUGUAAUGCUUCACCACUUCAAAUGAAUGGUUUAAAUGGACCCUUAAGUAAUGCCACAGAAUACCUGUGUUUCUAACAGAGAUGGAAAUUGGAAAAGAGCAUUUAAAAGACAAGUUAAGCUUUUUUGAGAGUAUGUUGUCUGUCCUGUGUAACAUCAUUCAAAGAGGUAGGGCCUGUUUGAGAACCACUGUCACCAAUUAUAAUCUUGCAGUUUGGCCUGGGUAUUGAAACUUUAAUUUUGGAAUAAGGCUGCUCAUUGGCUCGUGAAUAAGAUAAGACAACUGUAAUUUUAUUAACCUGGAUUUUUUGCACACCUUGUAGUUAUGAAGUUAGGCCUGUCAGGACUACUAUUUUUCUGAAUGAUAUCCAGGAAAUAAAUGAUAUAAUGAUAAUAGAAAACAAAUUAUAUUGCAUCCACCUAAAGAGAAGGUAAUUGUUUCUUAUAAAGAAUAAUCAGACAUUGAAUUGAAUAAGUAAGUAAGUACAUAAAUAAAAAAAUAUAUUAUAAUUAAGAAAUGUCACCAACUAAUGACAAUGGACAAAUGAGGUCAGCUAAAUUGCUGAAGUCACGUCCAUAAUAUAUGGUGCAAUAUGUUGUAAUGCUGUAAUAAGUAGUUCAUCCUUAAGCUCAUCAUUGUUGUAAUUUCCAUGACAGGCCUAACUAAAAUGUUUUGUUUGGUAUCAUAAAUUUUAGAGGAUACUUUGCAGUUUUCCCCCUGGAUUCAAUGCACUGCAAUAUAAUCAAAUUUUAGACAGGCCACAUGAGGUUUUCCCCCAAUAUGUUUAACGUAGUGAAUAAAUAGUAACUACUAUAGUUUCUAUUGCUGUAGAAUGUGUGUUUCUGGGGAGCAUAUAAACUCAAUAUGACUUUCAAUAACUUCAUGGUAUUUUUACAAACCGUGCCCUUUUGCAUUCAACUGUACAUAUUACAACAAUCAUUAUUUUGAAGAUUUUGCAAUUAGUACAUUUAAUGUUUUAUAUUUGCAAAAAAAUAAUGUUCACAUGACUAAAAAUAAAUGUUUCUUUUGCAUAAAUUAUUUCUGCUUUGUAUUUAAAUGCUUGAUAUUUUCAGUGUAAAAUCUGUAAAGAUAAAUAAAAUAACAACAUAAAGU